AUGGAGUCUAAGCUGUAUGAAGCCAUAGUGGAAGGAAAUGUCCAUUCGUUGCUUGCCCUACUUAGUAAAGAUAUGUUACUUUUAGAUAGAACUAUGGUUGGAAAUCAAACCGAAAGUCCUUUGCACAUUGCGGCGAUGCUGGGACACUUGGGAUUUGUAGAAGAGGUCCUAGCUUGGAAGGUUGAAAUGGCCAAAGAGCAAAAUUCUCAAGGAUCGACCCCUCUUCAUCUGGCAGUGGCAAAGUGUGCAGCCUGGGAUAUCUUGGAAAAUGGCCAGACAAUUAUGCAUAUAUUCGUGAAGAACAACAAACUUGAGGUUUUGAAGCUGUUGGUUGAUAUUUUGGACGAUGAGCAAUUUAUCAACUCGAAGGAUGAAGAUGGGAACACAAUUCUUUAUCGGCUGCUGCUGCUGAUAGACAAACCAAGGUAUGUUCAUACAAUGACACUUGAGCAACAGAUCCUCAUAAGGAUUGCGAUAUUUACCACGUGGGUUGCGGUCAUCUUCAUGGAGGGUGCUUUAUCUAUGCAGAUAUUAGUAUUGACAGAGGACGACGAAGGGUAUUUUACAUAUGAUACAGUUGAGACUGCAAUGGAGGUACGGGCUGUAUUAAUGAUUCUUAUUUUCGGGUGCCACUUAUUUGUCCCGAUCCUGAAAUGGUUACCUGGAGUCCUGAAAUCGGUAUUCAAAGUUCUGAAGUUCAUCUCCAAGGCCUUGAAGAAACAGAAGCGAGAGUAUCUUACAAUUUAA